AUGGACAGGAGAGGACUGCUUGCACAGGUCCCUAAAGAUCUGGCAGGGUCAGCGUAUCAAGGUGACUUGAUGGGCUCUGCGGAAAGGUGCGCCGGAACAGUCAUGUGUCAGGCGGCGCAUGUCAGAGCAGCUUUAUCAGAAGUGUCAGAGAUCACGUUCCACAACUCCGGUUGCCAGGGCAUUAUACUUCACUUCGGCUUAAUGAGGGAAAGCCUUGGCCGAGGCACCCAGUGCGAAUGGAUCAAGAGGGUAAGUAUUGUUAAGGAUGUGGCAAAUGCAUUAUCUUACAUGCACCAGAAUUGUUCGCCUUCCAUAAUCCAUCGAGAUAUAUCUAGCAAAAAUAUUUUGUUAGACUCUGAGUAUCAAGCCCAUAUUUCUGAUUUUGGUACUGCAAGAAUCUUGAUGCCUGAUUCAUCUCAUUGGACUUCAUUUGCUGGAACUUAUGGAUAUGCUGCUCCAGAACUUGCUUUUACCAUGGAAGUAAAUGAAAAAUGUGAUGUUUAUAGUUUUGGAGUAUUAGCUUUAGAAGUGAUCAUGGGUAAGCAUCCAGCUGAUUUCAUAUUGUCCACAUUGUCGGCAUCAUCAUCCACUUCAACAGCAUAUGAUAUACUGUUGAAAGACAUUGUGGAUCCUCGACUUUCAGCUCCAAGUAAGCAAGAGUCAAAACAAGUGACCUUGGUGGCAAAGCUAGCAUUAUCAUGUAUAGAACCCAAUCCUCUGCUGAGGCCAACAAUGAAGCAAGUGUGUGUCCAACUGUUAAAGGAAAUACCAUCUCAAUUCAACGUAUUCCCAAUAGUUACAAUUGGACAACUUCUGGACCUGCAAAUGACAAAUGUUUGAACUUCUCUGUGUAAGUAUCUUUCCUUCCUCUAUCCAAAAUUGUCAAAUUUUGUUGUCUGCAACUCUAAAUUUGGGGAAAAUUUUGCAAUGAUCCCUUGUAAGAAAAAAUAGCAAUAUAAGUGUCAAAGCAUGCAGGGGUGAAGUUCUAGUUUGAGCUGGGCGGGGAUAUGUUGACUCCAAGCAUUGCAAUUGUACCCCCUGACUUAUG